AAAGAAAAUUAAAGAGGGAAGAAGAAACCCCCAAAUUACAGAACCCUAUAGCCACACUGUCAUUUCUCGAUCCGACUGAGUUCUUCCCAAAUUCUCAAAAUGAGAAGUAGCUUAGCGAAGAUUCCAUACCGCGCCACCACCACUGCUUCCUCAAUCACCGCCGCUUUCUCCACCUCAUCCGCCGCCGGCGGUGGCGGCGGUAGAGGCCGCGGCCGUGGUACCCCGUUCCAGUUCACCGUCGACGCCUCUCCCGAUGACCAAACCGACAAAAAUUCAAAAACCGAGGUUGAAACCCCUCCGCCGUCGUAUGGCCACGGCCGCGGCAGAGGCACACCCCUACCUUCAUCCCCCGUCCUCCCUUCAUUCUCUUCCUUCCUUAACGAAUCAAAACCCCCUCCGGUAGGCCGCGGCCGUGGUGUUGCUAUUCCCGCUAGUCCCACACCACCACCGCCGCCGCCGCGAGUAUCCGAAUCGCCCUCCGAGAAGCCGCCGCCGAAACCUAAUGUCAAACUGCCGUUCCUCUUCGUCAAGGACGAGGAGGAGCAAGCCGACGCCGCCGAAUCUGAGGUCCCAUCCGCACAAGAAACUCUACUCCGGAGCGACAUUGUCAGCGUGUUAUCAGGCGCCGGUCGUGGAAAGCCCGGAAAACCCCCCACCGCCGCCCAACCCGAAAAGCCCCAAUCAGAGAAUCGCCAUAUCCGCCAAAGGCCGCCUCAGGGCAAACCACCGGUGGCGGUUUCUUCCGAUGGGGCGGCGCCGCCAGCAGUGCAAUUGAGCAAGGAGGAGAUGGUUAAAAAGGCGAAAGAGAUAUUGUCUAAGGGAGACGAAGAUGGUGGGGUAAGUAGACCCGAAGUUAGAGAUAAUCGAGAUAAUCGAGAUAAUCGAGGCGGUGGUAGAGGUGGUAGAGGCGAAAGAGGAAGAGGAAGAGGUAGAGGAAGGGGAAGGGGAAGAGGAAGAGGAAGAGGUGACGACAGAUACGAAGAAUCCGAUGAUGAAUCGGACGCGCUUUUUAUUGGCGAUCCGGCCGAUGAGGAGAAAGUGGCACAGAAGCUUGGACCGGAUGUUAUGGCUCAACUGGCGGAAGGGAUUGAUGAAAUGUCGAGCAGGGUUUUGCCGUCUCCUUUCGAUGAUGCUUAUAUGGAUGCGUUUGAAACUAACUUAAGGAUUGAAUGUGAACCGGAGUAUUUGAUGGAGGAGUUCGGCACGAAUCCUGAUAUUGACGAGAAACCUCCUAUUCCGCUUCGCGACGCUCUUGAGAAGAUGAAGCCGUUCCUCAUGGUAUACGAAGGGAUUAAGGAUCAAGAAGAGUGGGAGAAAAUUAUAGAAGAAACGAUGAAGGAUGUCCCUCUUAUCAAAGAGAUUGUAGACCAUUAUAGUGGGCCCGAUAGAGUAACUGCCAAGCAACAGAAUGAAGAGCUAGAAAGAGUUGCCAAGACACUCCCAGCUAGUGCACCUGCUUCUGUAAAGCGUUUUACGGAGCGCGCUCUUCUCUCACUGCAGAGCAACCCAGGGUGGGGAUUCGACAAGAAAUGUCAGUUCAUGGAUAAGGUUAUAAUGGAGGUUUCUCAGAACUACAAGUAAGCUGUUCGUUCCCAUGCUCGACUUAGUAUAUUCUGUCACGGAAUAAGAUUUGUGCUUCCAGUCAUUCGGAAUUACAAGAAACAGAGGUAUUGACUGACCUGAAUUUGAAAGCCUUUAUGGAUUAAUCCUCGAUUUCUAUCUGUUUGUUCGUGUUUAACAACGUUGAAUCAUCUCCUCGGAAUUUUUGAGGUUUUUAGCAGAGAUUUUGUUCAAUGUUUUUUUUGUUUAAUUGAACAUUUAAUUUAAUAUGCUACUAUAUUUCUACUUUUGCCGCACCACAAGUAUCGAAUUGGUCCGAGUUUUUGGGAGCAUUGUACUUGGAUUUGUAAUAAUAAGUUACAAGAGUGAGAUCUUUAUAUAUGUUUUGAAGAGAGAAAAUCGUGUGGUUACUUUGUAGAUGCUUCACUCGAUGAAUUACGUCAAGUAGUUUCCCAACU